AUGUGCAUCGAUUAUCGACAGCCGAAAAAGGCAACGAUAAAGAAUAAAUAUCCUCUUCCGAGGAUCGAUGACUGGUUUGAUCAGCUACAAGGUGAUAAGUACUUCUCAAAGAUUGACUUGAGAUUAGGGUACCAUCAGGUACAAGUUUGGGAGAAAGAUAUUCUGAAGAUAGCUUUUAGAACCAGAUAUGGACAUUUUGAGUUUUUGGUGAUGUCUUUUGGAUUGAACAAUGCCCCAGUAGUGUUUAUGGACUUGAAUAAUAGAAUAUUCAGGCCUUCUCUGGACAUGUUUGUGAUUACAUUUAUUGAUGAUAUUUUGGUGUAUUCACGCCAUAUUGUAUCAGAUACGGGCAUUAUGGUUGAUACACAGAAUAUUGAGGUCGUGAAGACUUGUCCUAGACCCACAACUCCAUCACAGCAUACUUUCGAGGAGCUGAAGGACAGGUUUACAUCAGCACCAUUCCUAGUCUUGAUAGAGGGUUAUGCAGUGUACUGCGAUACUUCAAGGCUUCAACAGCAAAUUAUGGCAAAGGCACAUCAUUCCUAUUAUUCUAUUCACCCAGGUUUGACAAAGAUGUACCAUGAUAUUAAAGAGAUCUAUUGGUGGCACGAGAUGAAGAGGGACAUUGGUGAGUUUGUGGCACACUGUCCUAACUGCCAACGGGUGAAGGUUGAGCACCAGAAGCCUGCUGGGCUGGUCCAAGAGAUACCCAUUCCUGUAAGGAAGUGGGAGGCAAUUAAUAUGGAUUUUAUUACUGGUUUACCUUGA